AAUAGUCUGCUUACCUUUUUUUCGGGGUGGUAUGUCAAUUCAAAUGCUAAUUUUAUCGAUUAAAUUGAUUUUUCAAUUUAAUUGCAAUUAAGAAAAAAUAUUAUUAAAAUGGAAGAUGAAAAUACUGCUCCUGAGUUAGCUGUUGAAACGGAAAAUGUUCGUAGAAGUUCUUCAAUUAUUGAUACUCAAAUGAUGCAGAUACCACAUGAAACAUCUGCUGAAAAUAAUUCUUCUAAAAGUUCUGUGAAACCUACUGCUGAAGUACUUGCAAAUUUAAAAGAUGAAUCAACUAUUAAGCGAGUUGAUUCUGACUCGAAAUUCGGAUUUAUGGAAACUGUUCCUCUAGAACUUUCAAUGCAAGAAUCAGUACCUAAUAGCCCUGUUCCAAAUUUGAUUGUUGAGAGUUCAGAAACAGUAUCUGUACAAAUGAGAUCACUAAGUCUAACUGAAAAAAGGUCAGCUGAUAUUACACAAGUCACCUUUAAUGCUAGACCCCUUUCUGCAGAUUGUGAUACAAAUACUCUAAGCAAGUAUUUCGGUACUGAAACUACCAAGUUACAAAAAAUAGAUUCAGAUGGACUGAAUUUCUUCAAUGCUUUAGCUGAAAAUGCUGCUGGAAAUGUUAAAAAUGAUUCUUCAUCUUCAUUGCUAGAACAAAAAGUACAAGGGAAUCCAGUAGAUAAAAAAGCAGAACUUGCUCAAGAAGUUUGUGAAGAUUCUUCUGCUAGCACUGAAACUAAUAACCCUCCUCCAAUCCUUCUUAAAUUUUUUUCUGAAGACAAGAGUGGAAAUGACAGAGAUGGUAAAGCUUUCUUUGAUAAGAUUGCAGAAGAGAAACCAACAGGACACCCUUUGGUACUAGAAAUUAAAGAACCAAUCAUAAAUGCCCCCGUUGAGGAGCCAUUUUUAAAUUCUCCUAUAAUAAAUAGUGAAAUUGAAGAGGCUUGGAUUCCAUCAGAAAAAACACGACAAAUAUUAGUAUCUGUUAUUACUUCAAACUCCCCUGUUACUCUGGAUAAAAGUCAGCUCACCUCACCAUGUGUUGUUCUUGAAGAAGAUUUGGAUGAUCCUGUGAAGCAACUUUUAAUUCAAUGCAAUUCAAUUCAUGCUCAACAUAGAAAAACUUUAAGUGAUAAAGAUGUAAGUGAAGAUGAACCUGGAUUACAAAAACUAAUGGAAGCUGGUUGUUAUAAUGCUGCUAUUAAUCUGACCAAAAAAUUAUUAAAAGCAUGUGGUCAGGGUCUUGGAGAUGAGGGCAAACCUUGUAAACACACUCCUUUAUCUUUAAGGCUCUGGUAUGUCCGCCUUGCUUUAUUAGUAAAAUUGCAACAUUACUCAUAUGCAGAAAUAGAAGGAGCUGCCUUUGGUGACUUAGAUAAACCUGAUUUGUAUUAUGAGUUUUAUCCUGAUGUUUAUAAAGGCAAAAGAGGUACUAUGGUUCCAUUUCCUCUACGUCUGCUGUUAGCUGAAUUACCUCAGUAUCAAGGUAAUUAUCAAAUUGCUCUGGACAAUCUGUAUCAAAUUCUACAAGUCAUUCAAAAAAUAUUGCAAAAUGUACAAAAUGGAUGUGCCGAAGAUGGUACUAUGAUCAAGUUAUCAGAUUCUAGACGAACAGCUUCUCUUGAAAUAUGGGGCCUAAGAGAAAAAAGAAUUCUAUAUUCAAUUUUGAAUUGCAUCCUUUCGCAAAAAGAUUAUGUAUUAGCUGUUUCAAUUGUUCAUACCUUAAUGGAGAGGAGUAAAGAAGAAAUUCCUCAAUUGUAUUCAGCUUUAGGAAGGAUAUAUCUUCAGCUCGGUGAUGUUAAAUAUGCUCAUGAUUGUUUUAACAAGGCUGUAACAGUUGCCAAAAGCUAUUCACAAAAUUUUCAAGUUGAAGAAAAUAUAAACAAAGCAUUGAUGGCAAUUGCUAAUAAUAACAAUGAAGAAGCAUAUAAAUAUUAUGAAAAAGCUUUUUCAAUCUGCCCAAAUAAUGCCAUGUUGGCAAAUAAUUUAGCCGUGUGUUUGUUAUAUAUGGGAAAACUGAAAGAAUCUCUACAUUUGCUUGAGAAAACCAUACAUAAUAAUCCUUCAUCUUGUUUGCAUGAUGGUUUACUAUUCAACAUUUGCACUUUGUAUGAACUGGAGUCAUCUCGAUGUGUGCAGAAAAAACUUGCAAUGUUAGAACUAGUAUCAAAACAUGUUGGAGAUUCUUUCAACAUCACUUGUGUAAAAAUUCCAAUAAUACCAAAGCAGUAGAUAAAUAUGUUAUUGAGAA